GCUUACCUCGCUGCAGCUUUAAUAGCGCUCAAGACACUGUGAUCUCCUCAUUAUGGUCCUCAAUGAGAAGGCAGCAGCAAGGACUGGCAUCCUGGCUAGACAGUGUCCUCUUAAUGGACCCCUCAGCGGGGGGAACGUCUGGGGACACGGAUUAGUGGGAGAGAAAACCUGACCGGGAAGCCGUCGUCUCACCUGCCAGUCCCGAUGCUCCUCGGCCACCUUUGGGGUUCUGCCUUGUUUUGCAUUGUCUGAUCAAGGCCAUCCUGGACUGGGCCGGAAGUCGGAGGUGUGCAGGGAUGGAGGUGGCGCUUGUUGACUUCGAGAACCUGGAUGAGGUCGGAGUCAGCAUAGGAGACCCCAGUGACGUGGACCCACCCACUGAGACAGCAUCACUCACGGCAACUUCCAAUCAAAGCCAUGGCAACAGUCAUCAGCAUAUCCUGCAGAACAGUGGGAACAGGGCACAACAGACUGGCGAACAGGGAAUUUCACCCACAAUGCCCCACAAGGAGACUAGGAGAGGACGUCCUAGUUGUGGCAGCCUCAUCUCCAACUGGAAAGUUCUGCUAAACAGCGAUGGGUCGCAAAGCGAGACUAUAUACAAUAAGCUGUCUAAGGAGUGUAGCGAUGGCCUGUUCAGAGAGAAGCAAGCUUUGGAAGAGGGGGAGCAGAAAGUCAUCAUCAACAUUGCAGGCCUGCGUUUUGAGACCCAGCUCAAGACCCUGAACCAGUUCCCAGAGACUCUGCUGGGGGACCCUUCAAAACGGAUUGGGUACUUUGAUCCCAUGAGGAAUGAAUACUUCUUCGACCGCAAUCGCCCUAGUUUCGAUGGGAUUUUGUACUACUAUCAGUCUGGGGGAAAGAUUCGGAGGCCAGCUAACGUUCCCUUGGACAUAUUUGCAGAUGAAAUAACCUUCUAUGAGCUCGGUAAUGAAGCUAUGGAGCAGUUUAAAGAAGAUGAAGGAUUCAUUAAAGACGCGGAGGUUCCCUUGCCUGCCAAUGAGAUUCAUCGUCAGUUCUGGCUUCUGUUCGAAUACCCAGAAAGCUCCAGUGCUGCCAGAUCAGUGGCACUAGUGUCUGUCUUAGUCAUUGUUAUUUCCAUCAUCAUUUUCUGCCUGGAGACACUGCCAGAGUUUCGUGAGGAAAUGGGAGACUUCCAAGCCAUCGUCGAGUUUGCCAAUCAGACGCAGGACGGCCCCAUCUCUGUCUCCCCUCCAAGUGCCAGCCCCAAGUCUCUCGCUGCCACCUUCACUGACCCCUUCUUCAUCGUUGAGACCAUUUGCAUCAUCUGGUUCUGCUUUGAGCUUUCUGUUCGUUUCAUUGUGUGUCCCAGCAAAAAGGAAUUCUUCAACAACAUCAUGAAUAUGAUUGACAUUGUCUCCAUCACUCCCUACUUUAUCACCUUGGGGACAGAGGUGUUGACGACACCGGAUGCAAGCUCUGCUCAAAAUAUGUCCCUGGCCAUUCUGCGCAUUGUCCGCCUUGUAAGGGUGUUCCGAAUCUUCAAGCUAUCCCGGCACUCCAAGGGGCUGCAGAUUCUGGGCCAGACCUUGAAAGCCAGCAUGCGUGAGCUUGGUCUGCUCAUCUUCUUCCUCUUCAUUGGAGUCAUUCUUUUCUCCAGCGCCAUCUACUUUGCCGAAGUAGACGAACCUCAGACACAAUUUGUCAGUAUCCCCGAGGGUUUCUGGUGGGCCGUAGUGACCAUGACCACCGUUGGCUAUGGAGACAUGUGCCCCAUAACCAUGGGGGGGAAAAUGGUGGGCACUCUGUGUGCCAUCGCCGGCGUGCUGACCAUCGCCCUGCCCGUGCCCGUCAUCGUCUCCAACUUCAACUACUUCUACCACCGCGAGACAGAACAGGUGGAGAAGCAAGCUUUGGACACGAGCACAGAGGCAAGCGGGAAAACAGGGGCUGCCUCAAAGCAAGUCAGUACCAAUGGCAACUCCAUGGCUGACAAAUCCAAAAAUGGGAAGCAGUGAAUGUUAGACGCAUUGACAACAGGCUAGGAAAACCUAAGAAAGCAUGAUGAAUUCUUGUUAUUGCAGAUAAAAAAAGAAUUCUGCUUUCAUGAAAAAAACGUUUAGCAGGAUUCCUACCUUUUCUUAGUUACAUAUAUAAAUAUCCACUGUCCCAGAUUACUUCUUUUUGUGUGACCGAUUUGAGAUCCAGCAUAUGAUUAAAGUAUUUUAAAUGCAUGUACAUGUAAUGCUUUGCCGAAGUGCUUUGAGGAUAAGAUUCUCUAACUUGUUCUUUUUAAGAACUGGUUAGGUUUGGCUUCUUCUGAUAUUUAAUGUCCUUCAAACAAAUGAAAAUAAUGAAAAAAAUAUGCAAAAAGUAAUAUUAAUUAUAUCAGCGUUGAGAAGCAAUAUGUGAUGAAUUGGCUCAAUGAUGAAUGUUAUAGUGAUGGUUUCUGAUUAAGAGAUUAUGAUUUUAACCAAUUUGGUUUGUUAAAAUAAUGCUGGUUAUAUCUGGCAGAAAUGCAUGCUAGCUUGAAGUGUCAGCUUUAAAGUUGGAUGCAUAUAGGUAUCAAUAUAUUAAAACUUCUACUUAAAUUCUUACCAUUCUGCUUAUAAAUGAUGUAUAUUAUGUAUAUAUAAAUAUAUAGCCAUCACCUUGCACUUACAGGGUAUCGUUUUAUUAUUGUACUUUUUAUUUAUUGCACUUACACCAUAUAGUUGUUAAUUUUUCACGAUGAGGUACUUGCUGUGUGUAUGGAUAAAACAGCAAUUCUGGAUUUUUUUGUGUU